AUGUUUAGGACCAAGAAUACUCUAUCAUCUGUGAACUUUCGAGAGUGCUCGUUUGACAGUGGUAGAGUCAGCUGUGGCCGAUUCAAAGGACAGCUUAAUCUAGUUCGAACGCGUCACUGGGAUUUGUGGUUCGGCCAGUACUACGUUUUCCGUAUAUCAGUUGUCGGUACUCGAGUCGGCGUUCGAUAUGUGUCCCUACCCCGAUGCCCUAACGCGGGAGGACAUAGCCAACCGUCUGAGCCUCAGUGA